AAAUGGCUGCUAGGAGUGAACACCAAACCGUUCCCCUUUCCGUGCUCCUAAAGCGUGAAUUGGCGAACGAGAAAAUUGAGAAACCUGAGAUUCUUCAUGGUCAAGCGUGCCAGAGCAAGAAAGGAGAGGAUUUCACUCUGCUGAAGACGGAAUGCCAGAGGGUGGUGGGUGAUGGGGUCUCUACAUAUUCCGUUUUUGGAAUAUUUGAUGGACACAAUGGAUCUGCUGCUGCUAUUUAUGCUAAGGAGAAUCUUCUAAAUAAUGUUUUAAGCGCGAUUCCUUUGGAUCUUAAUAGAGAUGAGUGGGUAGCAGCGUUGCCUAGGGCUUUAGUUGCUGCCUUCGUAAAAACUGAUAAAGAUUUUCAACAGAAAGGACAAAAAUCGGGAACUACUGUAACCUUUGUGAUUAUAGAAGGAUGGGUUGUAACAGUUGCAUCAGUUGGUGAUUCCCGUUGUGUACUUGAAUCUUCUGAUGGUGGUAUUUAUUACUUGUCUGCAGAUCAUAGGCUAGAAACAAAUGAAGAGGAGAGGGUGCGCAUCACCUCUAGUGGGGGUGAGGUUGGUCGGCUAAAUACAGGGGGAGGUGCAGAGGUUGGUCCUUUGAGAUGUUGGCCUGGUGGCUUGUGUCUUUCACGAUCUAUUGGAGAUAUGGAUAUUGGUGAAUUUAUUGUCCCUGUACCAUAUGUAAAGCAAGUGAAGCUGUCCACUGCCGGAGGCCGUCUUGUUAUCUGCAGUGAUGGUGUUUGGGAUGCUCUACCUGCUGAAGUAGCCCUUGAUUGUUGUCGUACCAUGUCAGCAGAGGCUGCUGCACCACAUAUUGUUAAAGAAGCUUUGCAAGCAAAGGGACUUAGAGAUGAUACAACCUGCAUCGUUGUUGAUAUAUUAGCAUCGGAGAAGCCCCCUGCUUCUGUGCCACAAUCGAAGAAGCCAGUAAAAGGAGUGCUCAAGUACGUCUUUCGUAAAAAGUCUUCUGAUUCAGCAAACAUUGACAAAGAAUACAUGGAGCCAGAUGUAGUAGAGGAAAUGUAUGAGGAAGGAUCUGCUAUGCUUUCAGAGAGGUUAGAUACGAAGUAUCCACUCUGCAAUAUGUUCAAGUUGUUUAUGUGUGCAGUAUGUCAGGUAGAGAUAAAACCUGGAGAGGGGAUUUCAAUACAUGAGGGUGCGCUUAACCCUCAAAGAUUGCGUCCCUGGGAUGGACCUUUCCUUUGCUUAAGUUGCCAAGAGAAGAAAGAAGCCAUGGAAGGGAAAAGAUCAUCAGAUAGACUUAGCAGCGGAAGUGACGAGUGAACUCUCAUGUAUAUUUGCAUUUUGAGAGUGAUAAAAGUUGUUUAGUUAACGUGAAGGUUGAACUUCCAAGCAACAAUGUCUCCCUUCUAUUAUCACAGGGGCUUUACGGAUCUAAUUUCGAAUUCGACAUGCAUUUGAAAAACCAAUAGCUGCAUGUUAGGGGAUUUCUGACUUGGAAGUAUGGAAUAGCAACCACCCAAGUUUUUAGUGAAAGGUUGUGUUAAAAGUGGCAGUGCACAACAGGAUGUCAGAGAUAAUUCAAUUUUUUUUUUAAAUAUUUCU